AUGUCAUUUGUCACAUUUAUGAACAAGAACAAUAUUUGAUAUUUAUUAUAAUUAAUUAAUAUUGCUGGAAAGAAAAUAAACGUUUUUUAAGAGAAAAAUGUUCAAUACAAUACAUUUUGAUACAAAUUAUUUCAUAUAAACUGUUAAGAAUAUCUCAUUUAAGGAUUUUUUUACGAAAAAAGUGGUUAACUUCUAAGUUUUUGAACAGAUUAUCUAACGACACAAAAGAAGUCAUCAAAACUUAAUUUGUUUGGUUUUUCUUAAAAUAAUUGUAUAGGAGAUUAUGAACCAAGGAGAAUUAUUCAGUUUUCAGUGAAGAAGAAUAUAUAGUCAUUACUUUCAGUAACAUUAAACGAAGUUCUGGAUUACGAUGAGUGUUAUUAUUAGACUUCAAAAUUUACCUUGGUCGGCAAAUGCGUUAGAUAUAAGACAAUACUUCAGUGGUCUCGGAAUACCGGAAGGAGGAGUUCAUAUUGUUGGAGGGGAACUCGGUGACGCUUUUAUAGCUUUCAGUACUGACGAAGAUGCGCGUCAAGCAUUCAUGAGAAACAAUGGCAAAAUCAAAGAAGUUCAAAUUACUCUUAUGCUCAGUUCGCGUACCGAAAUGCAACGCGUCAUCGAGCAAGCGCGCUCCCAAUCGUACGCGGCAUUCAUGCAACCGGUGCCGAGCGCCGUUCCACUACCCGCCGCCGUUCCCACCCUCAUUCCUCCGGUAGUAGAACCUAAGAAAGACGGUAAAGAAAAAAAUGAUAAAAGAGAGAGCCGCAGGAGAUCCAGAUCGAAAUCGAGAGACAGAAAAGAUAGAUCGAGGGAACGGCGACGGCAUCGUAGAAGUCGAUCUAGAUCGAGAGAUCAUAAAUCGAGCCGACGAAGAGACAGAAGUAGAAGUAGGGGAAGAUCUCGUUCUAGAGAUCGGAAAGGGAAAGAAUAUCGUCGACGUUCAGAAGAGCGAAUCGUUAAUACAGUACAAAAGGAUCAGAAAAAGAACGUUUCGGAAAUAUGGGCGAAAAAUAACAUCGAAAGAACAUCGCAACAACAAAAUCAAUCGAAUAGAAUAGCGGAAACGAACAAUUUUCAAAAUCCCAACAACGGAACCGUUUUCAGAACCAGUUGGCCGCCGAAUAACAACCCCGACGAUCAUUACCAAAACAACCGAAAUUUCGAUAAUUUCCAAAAUCGAUUCCAAAGAAAUCUACCGAAUCAAAGGAUUGGAAAUCGAAUCGAUAACGAUCCUUCAAUGAAUUGCAGCAUCGCCCUCGAGCCGUUCUACGGCGGUUACGGUGACGUGAGAAGAUUCUUCCACGGUAUGUUUAUCAGCGGAAACGGCAUCAAAUUCAUAAACGAUUUCAACGGUAGAAGCACCGGCGUCGUUUACGUGCGAUUUUCAAAUAGGAAAUUCAAAGAAGAAGCUCUCCGGAUGAGCGGAGAAAUGUUGAACGGCACCGCCGUAGUCAUCACUCAUAUCGACGACGCCGAAUUCGACGAAGCCACCGAUCGAUACAACCCGAGAAAAAUCGACAACGGCGACGAAAAUAUCAAUUUCAGAAGUAAAAACAUAACGAAAUAUUUCAAUCAAAAUAACGAAGUCGAAGUCGUGAAAAAUUUCACGUGUCUAACCGUCGACGAUCUACCGACUUAUUGCAAAGAACAAGAUAUCUUGCACAUGUUCUCCCAACACCCCCUAGUAGCCUUGAUACUAACCACGAAAAAGAAAGGCGGUUACAUAGCCUACGUUAAAUUCAGUAGUCAGGCCGUGGCGAAGAAAGCCUCGGAAGAAAAAUCCCUCCAUAUAGUCGGCGGUAAACAAGUAACCGUCCUACCGUGCAAAGACGAAGAUUUCGACGAAAUCAACCGACAACACGAGGUCAAUAUCAAUAGUACGAAAGCCGAUGACGUCGGAACGGAUUGUCUGAGCGUAUCGCGCUUACCGGAAAAAACCAACGACAAAGAUAUCGCCGAUUUCUUCUCCGACAUCGGCGUUAUACCGACGAAAAUCCACCUGAUGAGCAACAACCUCGGUUUCACCGGUCAAGCCUACUGCGAAUUCGCUAACGUGGAAGAAGCGUCGCGCGCCGCCAGAAAAAACGAAACUUCCCUCGGAGAAUCUUCCGUAUCCGUCGUACCCAUCCAACGAACGGAAAUGGAAACUAUUCUCGGAACCACCGUACCGGCACCCGAACCCGAAAAUACCGAAGAAGCCGACGAUAAAACUGUCCCGGAAGAAAAAGCUACUCCGAAACCGGUUCUACCGCUGUUGUCCAACAUUAUCAAUCCUCCGAACUCGUUGAAUUUCAUCUCGCCGGAUAACCACCACCACUAUUAUAACCACAGGGCGCCGUUUCCGUUCCGGCCGUUCGAUAACAUGAGAGGACCGAGGUUUUCCGGUCGGAAUAUGGCGUUCAGGCCGAGGAAAGAACCGUCGAAAGACAUAUUCGACGAUGUACCGCCCGGGUGUACCGUCUUUAUGAAAAACGUUCCCUACAAAGCGAAUACCAACGACAUUUUGAACUUUUUCGAAGGGUACAAUCACACCAAUAACGUCAGUAGACGGUAUAACGCCAAUAAUACACCGAGCGAUGAGGCGAAAAUUAUAUUUUUCGACGCGGAAGAAGCGACGCGGUGCGUUAGGGAAUUGAAUAAACAAAAAAUUUGGGAUCGACAGAUUUUUCUGAGGCAAGAAUAGAAACGAAAAAAAAAAAAACGUUUACGUUUCCGUGUGAGAAAAUUUCGUGGAAGAGCCGACCAAAGACAAGAUUUUUUUACGAGACGGUGCAUUAGUUUUUGUUCAAACGAUAUUUUCAAUCGGGACUGAAUAUUUUUAUUUGUUGUAUAAUUUUCGAGCUAGACUCGGUAUAAAUAUUUAUAAGCGAUUCAUUGGUUAUAAAUAUUUUCAUUGCGCAUGAUCGUACUAAACAAAUUUUAUUUAUAUAAUGUCAAUAAAAUUUAUCAUAAUGAUAAUUUUGUAUUUUUCUUUUCUUUUUUGAAAAUGUCUACUUUUACUUCAUUUUACAACAAGUUUCCGCCUACUUUCCCCGAUAAAGAAAAAAAUACUCCAGAAACAACUACUGAAAUCUACGACAUCAGGACUACCAACUAAAACGAAUUUCCAGUUGACCUUGAGUGCAAUCUGUUCAAACGCCUUUACGAUAUCCCAAAACUCUUUCCUCUGAAUCAACUUCCCGUACCAGAAACUUCAUCUUCCCAAUAAGGAGUACACUGGUCGUUUCCUAGCUUACAAUGGUCGCCUUCUGUCUGUCUAUCACCUCCAGAGGCUCUUUUUUCUUCCUUAAGAGAAAAGAAAGUUCCUCCAAGUCUUCCUCUUCUCAGCAAAACGUACAAUGGUCGCCUUCUGUCUGUCUGUCACCUCCAGAAGCUCUUUUUUCUUCCUUCAGAGAAAAUAAAGUUCCUCCAAGUCUUCCUCUUCCUAGCAACACGUACAAUAGUCGCCUUCUGUCUGUCUAUCACCUCCAGAGGCUCUUUUUUCUUCCUUCAGAGAAAAGAGAAAGUUCCUCAGAGUCUUCCUCUUCCUAGCAACACGUACAAUGGUCGCCUUCUGUCUGUCUAUCACCUCCAGAGGCUCUUUUUUCUUCCUUAAGAGAAAAGAGAAAGUUCCUCCAAGUCUUCCUCUUCCUAGCAAAACGUACAAUGGUCGCCUUCUGUCUGUCUAUCACCUCCAGAGGCUCUUUUUUCUUCCUUCAGAGAAAAGAGAAAGUUCCUCCAAGUCUUCCUCUUCCUAGCAAAACGUACAAUGGUCGCCUUCUGUCUGUCUAUCACCUCCAGAGGCUCUUUUUUCUUCCUUCAGAGAAAAGAGAAAGUUCCUCCAAGUCUUCCUCUUCCUAGCAAAACGUACAAUGGUCGCCUUCUGUCUGUCUAUCACCUCCAGAGGCUCUUUUUUCUUCCUUCAGAGAAAAGAGAAAGUUCCUCCAAGUCUUCCUCUUCCUAGCAAAACGUACAAUGGUCGCCUUCUGUCUGUCUAUCACCUCCAGAGGCUCUUUUUUCUUCCUUCAGAGAAAAGAGAAAGUUCCUCCAAGUCUUCCUCUUCCUAGCAAAACGUACAAUGGUCGCCUUCUGUCUGUCUAUCACCUCCAGAGGCUCUUUUUUCUUCCUUCAGAGAAAAGAGAAAGUUCCUCCAAGUCUUCCUCUUCCUAGCAAAACGUACAAUGGUCGCCUUCUGUCUGUCUAUCACCUCCAGAGGCUCUUUUUUCUUCCUUCAGAGAAAAGAGAAAGUUCCUCCAAGUCUUCCUCUUCCUAGCAAAACGUACAAUGGUCGCCUUCUGUCUGUCUAUCACCUCCAGAGGCUCUUUUUUCUUCCUUCAGAGAAAAGAGAAAGUUCCUCAGAGUCUUCCUCUUCCUAGCAACACGUACAAUGGUCGCCUUCUGUCUGUCUAUCACCUCCAGAGGCUCUUUUUUCUUCCUUAAGAGAAAAGAGAAAGUUCCUCCAAGUCUUCCUCUUCCUAGCAAAACGUACAAUGGUCGCCUUCUGUCUGUCUAUCACCUCCAGAGGCUCUUUUUUCUUCCUUCAGAGAAAAGAAAGUUCCUCAGAGUCUUCCUCUUCUUAGCAACACGUACAAUAGUCGCCUUCUGUCUGUCUAUCACCUCCAGAGGCUCUUUUUUCUUCCUUCAGAGAAAAGAGAAAGUUCCUCCAAGUCUUCCUCUUCCUAGCAAAACGUACAAUGGUCGCCUUCUGUCUGUCUAUCACCUCCAGAGGCUCUUUUUUCUUCCUUCAGAGAAAAGAAAGUUCCUCCAAGUCUUCCUCUUCCCAGCAAAACGUAAAAUGGUCCCCUUCUGUCUGUCUGUCACCCCCAGAACGCUCUAGACGUACCCAUGUCCCGUUAGGUGAUAGUUAACGUCAAUAUACGUCUCUUUUAUCCAAUCCAUUAAUGCUUUUCCUUCUGAGAGAAAAAAGUGCCUACAAAUCUGCUUUUUCCCACAAAAAAAUACACCGGUCGUCUUCUAACUCCUUAAAAAAGCUCCAGAAGUAUCCAUGUGCUUAUAGAUAAUAAUUUACAGCAACAUGCGUAUUUUUUGUCAAAUCCUACACGCUCUUGAUUAACCUGUGGGUCCAACAUCCACUAGUUUCUCUAGUCUAACUGUUCUGUCACCUCCAAAGUCUCUUUUUUCUUCCUUCACUGGUCAUCUUACUUCUUCAGAAGUACCCCUGUCCCUUUAGAUGAUAUUUAUCAUCAAUAUUUGCUUCUUCUGUCCAAUAUUUCUCGAUCUUGAUCAACUUACAGGUUCAACAUCUACUGGUUUCACUGCUCUAUCUAUUUUACACCUCUAUAGUCUUUUUUUUUCUUCAGAGAAUAAAAAUUACCCUCCGAAUCUUCCUCUUCCUAAAAAGACGUGCACUGGUCAGCUCCUAGUUUCGUAAGAAAGCUCUAGAAGUACCCGUGACCCUUUAAGUUAUAUGUAACGUCAAUAUGUGCUUCGUCUGUCCAAUUCUUCGCGCUUUUUAUUAAAUUAUAGGUUCAACAUCCAGUUGUUUCACUGCUCUAUCUAUUUUGUACCUCUAGAGGCUUUUUUUCAUCCUUCAAAGAAAAAAAAAGUGUCUCCGAAUCUUCCCAAAAA